UUAUAAUUUAACUGAUUUUGAAAACAAAGCCCUUUUUGAAACAAGUGGUGGAUAUGGAAAUUGCGGUUGUUGUGGCUCAAAAUAAACCACGAAACAAGAAGAAUAAUCUUAAUGGAGUUCAAUACAACACUGUGCAUAGCAAACAAUGUUAAUGGAAAUCAGUGGAGCCACUGCUAUGACUUGUUUUAACACCCAAUUUCCUUCUCUUCAACUUCCUCCACCCCUCUUUACCAGGGAGGCUCGGAGGUUCAGGGUUUGGUGUGUCUCUGAUCAAAGCUCCAAGGGAAAUCAAAUGAUCAUAUCUGUAACUGGAGCAACAGGUUUUAUAGGUAGGAGGUUGGUGCAAAAGCUUCAAGCAGAAAAUCACAGCGUUCAUGUCCUGACACGCUCUAAAUCUAAAGCAGAACUAAUUUUUCCGGUGAAAGAAUUUCCUGGGGUCAAGAUUGCAGAGGAGUCAGAAUGGAAAGAUAGCAUUCAGGGUUCAACGGGGAUUGUGAAUUUGGCAGGAUUGCCGAUAAGUACCAGAUGGUCUUCUGAGAUAAAGAAAGAAAUCAAGCAGAGCAGGAUUAGAGUGACCUCAAAAGUUGUAGAACUAAUAAACAGUACACCUGGUGAUAUUCAACCCAAAGUCUUAGUUAGCGCAACAGCUGUUGGUUAUUAUGGCACCAGUGAGACACAAGUCUUUGAUGAACAAAGUCCUUCAGGAAAGGAUUACCUAGCUGAGGUUUGCAGAGAAUGGGAAUCAACAGCCUUAAAGGCUAAUGGAGAUGUUAGGGUGGCUCUGAUUCGCAUCGGUGUUGUUCUCGGUAAAGAUGGUGGAGCACUAGCUAAAAUGAUACCUCUCUUCAAGAUGUUUGCUGGUGGACCUCUAGGUUCUGGUAAUCAAUGGUUCUCCUGGAUUCAUCUGGAUGACAUUGUCAAUUUAAUAUAUGAAGCACUAUCAAAUCCAUCUUACAAAGGAGUUAUAAAUGGAACUGCGCCAAAUCCUGUGCGAUUGUCAGAAUUGUGCGAACAGCUGGGACAUGUUUUGGCUCGUCCCUCGUGGCUGCCGGUGCCCGACUUUGCACUCAAGGCUGUUCUUGGAGAAGGUGCUUCUGUGGUUUUAGAAGGGCAGAGAGUGGUUCCUACUCAAGCCAAAAAGUUGGGUUUCUCAUUCAAAUAUUCAUACGUGAAGGAUGCCCUUAAAGCAAUUAUUUCUUGAAGGAGUAUACCAUAGCAAGCAACUGUCAUAUUCUUUAUUCUUUGGGUUUAUGCAUCAACCUUUCCCACAUGUGAUGUUGAGAUUUUUGAAAGCAGUAUAGUUUAUUAUUAUAACAUAUAUUAACUAACUAAUAAACACAUGAUUAUGCCUGUUCUAGCAUUGCCACGAGAUCAUACUGCAAUCAUCCAUAUCUUCUUCACAACAUAGCUAAAAUACAGCUUCGUUUGUUCUCAAAAACGAACGACGUGUAUGGACGAUUUGUUUAACAAUUUCAAAAUCUUUCUUCAAAUUGACGAUGCUAAAAAGACUAUCAAUCA